AUGUCCUCCUCGCCUUACGUCGAGAAGGCCCUUGACUUGGGCAAGAAGUUCAUCGGCUACCCCGAGGAGCGCCCGCAUACAAUCUCUUCGAAGGACUGGGUUCGCGACGUCUUCAGGAAUCCAAAGGAUGAAGCGAUCCAUUAUGUGAAACGCCUGUUCCCCAUCCUGACUUGGAUCGGUCGCUACAACGUUGGCUGGCUCACCGGUGAUAUCAUCGCCGGUUUGACUGUGGGUAUCGUCUUGGUUCCGCAGAGUAUGUCCUAUGCGACAAUCGCGACAUUGAGCCCACAAUAUGGUCUUUACUCGGCUUUCGUUGGUGUUAUGAUCUACUGCCUUUUCGCCACGUCGAAAGAUGUCUCGAUCGGCCCUGUCGCUGUUAUGUCUCUUACGGUUUCUGAGAUCAUCAAAAACGUCAACGCCAAACAUCCAGACCAGUUUGAUGGCCCGACUAUCGCAACAGCUGUUGCCUUCAUCGCCGGCUUUAUCGUUUUGGGCAUUGGUCUCCUUCGUCAAGGAUGGCUCGUUGAGCUCAUCCCCCUACCUGCCGUGAGCGGCUUCAUGACGGGCUCCGCUAUCAGUAUCGCCGCCGGACAGGUGCCCGGCUUAAUGGGCAUCACAGGCUUCGAUACUCGCGCAGCCACCUACGAAGUGAUCAUCAACACGCUGAAGGGUCUUCCGCGUACCAAACUGGACGCUGCUUUCGGUCUCACCGGUCUCGUUGUUCUGUACCUCAUCCGCUACGCUUGCGAUUGGGCAACGAAGCGCUACCCGCGUCGAGCUCGCUGGUUCUUCUUCAUCUCCGUCUUCCGGAAUGCCUUCGUGAUUAUUGUCCUCACGUUCGCGUCCUGGUUGUUCUGCCGCCACAGGGGCACCGCGGCGGGGAAAUACCCGAUCAAGAUCUUGAAGACCGUCCCUGCUGGCUUCCGCGAUGUUGGUCCCCCGGACAUCAACCCAGAGCUGCUUAGUGCAAUCGCUCCCCAACUUCCGGUGGCUACGAUCAUCUUGCUUCUUGAGCACAUCGCCAUUGCGAAGUCUUUCGGUCGUGUCAAUGGUUACAAGAUCGACCCGAACCAGGAGCUCAUCGCUAUCGGUGUCACGAACACCGUCGGUUCAGUCUUCCACGCGUACCCCGCGACCGGUUCAUUCUCCCGUUCGGCUCUCAAGGCCAAGUCCGGUGUGCGUACGCCGCUCGCGGGUAUCCUGAGCGGUAUCAUCGUCGUGGUGGCUCUUUACGGCCUCACGCCAGCCUUCUUCUGGAUCCCCACCGCUGGCCUCUCGUCUAUCAUUAUCCACGCAGUCGCCGACCUUGUCACCAAGCCCAAGCAGGCAUACGGAUUCUGGCGCAUCUCGCCGCUUGAGUACAUCAUCUGGCUCGCUGCCGUUCUCAUUACUAUCUUCUCGUCCAUCGAGAACGGCAUCUACGUCUCGAUCUCAUUGUGUGCGGCGCUCAUGCUCAUCAAGCUCGCUCAUCCGCGGGGAUACUUCCUUGGUCGUGUGCGUUUGCACUCUGAGGCUUCGUCCGAAGCGCGCGACGUCUUUGUCCCGAUUCGGCCGAACAAGGUUCUCAAUCCCGAUGUCAAGGUCGAGCCUCCACACCCAGGCGUCAUCGUGUACCGCUUCGAGGAGAGCUACCUCUACCCGAACGUCAGCAUUGCGAACGAUACUCUCGUCGAGCACGUCAGGACAAACAUGCGCCGCGGCAAGGACAUGUCCACCGUCUCUCUUGCCGACCGCGCGUGGAACGAUCCCGGUCCGCGACGCGGCUCAGCGGAUGAGGCGGCCGUUAACGCCGCCAAGCCUUUGCUGCACGCCAUCGUCUUGGACUUCAGCUCGGUCUCGCAGAUCGACACUACGGCUGUACAGACGCUCAUCGACACGCGUGUCGAGGUCGAGCGCUGGACGGACGGUGCGGUCGAGUUCCACUUCGCGUCUAUACUUUCGCCGUGGAUCCGUCGCGCGCUUGUAGCGGGAGGGUUCGGUACAGGAGCGCCGGCGUCCUCCCGUCCUCGCGAGAUCGCGCCCGUUGUCACGUAUGGACACGAGCUGCGCGAGCGGAGGCAUAUUGCAGGACGAGAGGGAGAUGCCGAGUCGGGCAAGGUCGACAGCGAGUACGCAGAUUCAGUGGACGGGCUCACGCGCGAGCAGCUUCUUCCGCCUCGAGCGGCAUUUGGAGAUCAUGUUGGCAACGAUGCCAGCUUGAUCCCCGUCGACACGCCGUUCUUCCACCUUGAUCUCGAGACCGCCGUACGCGCUGCGGAGGCGGGCGUCAGAACACAUCCUCGUGACAGCUCGAGCGACUCAGACAGCGUUGGUGAGAUCAAGAAGACGGACGCGUAG